CUCUUCCGCCGGAAGUAAACAUCACGUGACUCUGAAAAUCAGCUGAUCCUCCGUAGACAUCUUUACGAGUCACGACUGCGGCGAUUAAUUCAAACCGUCUUCUCUGUUGUUCUCGGGCCCAGGCGGAUCUUUGACAACUGCAGCCAUGGCGCUGAGCGAUGCUGACGUACAGAAGCAGAUUAAGCACAUGAUGGCCUUCAUCGAGCAGGAGGCAAACGAGAAGGCGGAGGAAAUUGAUGCAAAGGCAGAAGAAGAGUUCAACAUUGAGAAGGGCCGCCUGGUCCAGACCCAGAGGCUGAAGAUAAUGGAGUACUAUGAGAAGAAAGAGAAGCAGAUUGAGCAACAGAAGAAAAUUCAGAUGUCUAACCUGAUGAACCAGGCUCGACUGAAGGUGCUGAAGGCCCGUGAUGAUAUGAUCUCGGAAAUGCUGAAUGAAGCUCGCCAGCGGCUCGCUAACAUUGCAAAAGACCCGGCCAGGUAUUCAACUCUUAUGGACGGACUGAUCUUACAGGGGUUUUACCAGCUGCUGGAGCCCAAAGUCACCAUUCGCUGUCGUAAACAGGACAUACCGCUGGUGCAGGCAUCCAUCCAGAAGAACAUUCCCAUAUAUAAAGCAGCCGUGAAGAACAACAUUGAGGUCCGCAUUGACCAGGAUAACUUCCUCUCCCCUGACGUGUCUGGAGGUAUUGAGAUCUAUAAUGGAGACGGGAAGAUCAAGGUGUCCAACACUCUGGAGAGCAGACUGGACCUCAUGGCUCAGCAGAUGAUGCCUGAAAUCCGAGUGGCUCUCUUCGGUGCCAACCCAAACCGCAAGUUUAUGGACUGAGAACCUCUGCUGUACGAGAGAGAGAGAAACACUCCUUUUAAUUUUUUAUUUUGUCAUAUAAAAGACGUCAUUCCUUUAUGUCUGUGAAAUUUCUGACGCAAAAAAGAUGUUGUUGUGUGAUGUAUUGCUGUAUUUUUUUCUGUGCAUUAAGGGACAUGAUAGAUGCUGCAACUCAACAUUACAGAUGUGUACAGCUGUAAGCACUGGUUUGCUCUGCUGCUCCCAUUCAUGGGCCUCAGUUUACACUGAUCAGUCAGGGAAGACGGGAUCGAGUGACUGGCUGGAUGUUAAACAAGUUGUCCUCUAACUGGAUUAGUUUCAUGACAAACAUAGCAUCUGUGUCACGGUUUUCCCAGUUUCAUUACCCUCUGCACCACAUUAUUGGUUGCAUGGAGCAUUGUGUUGAUAAUAGGUGUCUGCUCCAGGCAAUCGCACAUAUAUAUAUAUAUAUAUAUAUAUGCUCGCACAGACAUACAAAAAUG